AUGCAAAUUCCUUUCAGAGGAACAGAAUUUGCAUCACCAGAAGUUCGAGCCCGGCAAGCCUCACUCGACCUCCCUUCUGCUGCACUCGAGCACUAUACAUGCUGUCAGACCCUGAAAGACAUCGGCUCUGAGCAUACUCCAACGCUGAUCGGCUCCAAAAAAAAAGCCCAAGGUCAGGAUAGCUGGGCCCCUGGCGGCUAUCUGUUUUACAUCGCUUUCAGCAAAGUCCCAGGAGUUAGGAUUCAGUUAGGAGUCAUCGGCGCCCUUGCCAAAAGCGGUGUCCUCCCAAGUUGGUAUGCUCAGGGAGAGCUUUACUGGGACGAGCGUACAGGUAAACUGUAUAUUGCCGGUCCUUUUGAACUAUCAACCGACCCGUGGGAAUGGGAGGCAGAUCUGUGGGAAGACUGGUACUUGGAUGAAGGCGAAGUCACCCAGAAAAAGAGCGUGAUGUAA